UGUAAAGAUACCACUUGCAUUUUGUUCGCUUUGCGUUAUUCUUUCUUUCAUUUGAGGUUCGAUCUGCAUGUAUAAAGCGGGCUAGUCACCAACUGGUUCGCAUCCUACUCAGAUUCACCGAAAAUGUCCCAUCUUCUUUCUUCCUUUCUGUACGAUAGCCUUUCUUUUUGCUUUAUUCUGCUCUUUGGAUUUGACGUUAUUCUGUUUCCGCUCUUCAAGUAUCUCUGGACAACUUCAUCCUUUUAUAUGUUUUGGAUGCCAGACCAUUUGACCCUAGCGGUUUCCUUACUCGCAACCCCAUCCAUCCUUUGGGAUUUCCUCAUCAAACCUACCUCUGAGGCAAAUCGAAGGUAUCUAACUUUUUCUCUACCACCCUCUUUCUCGUCUGCCUAAUCGGAUAUAUUGAGUAUUUUAAUAUCCUUCUUUUUUUUUUUUGAUAAUUGGAUAUCAUCAUCCUUUUCAAUAUUUUUUUUGAAAGAAGAAUAUGAAAGAUACAAAUAAUAUAUGACGUUUUAUCACUUUGAAUGAGUGUACCUUCUGUUGAAGCAACUGGUCUCGCUCAUCCUAUACCAAAAAAAAA